AUGAACUCCAUCAUGAACGAAGAAAAAGAAGCGCAAGAUCCAACACUAUCAAAACAGGUGCUGCUUACUAAUGAAAACAGCAAAUCUAGAACACUCUUUUCCUCUAAAGCUCUUGUGAUGUCAUCCCAUCCCCAACUUCUUGUGAGAACUGUUCCAAAACCAACUUGUAGGGAUGAUCCUUCAUGUCAGCAGGUCACUCCACCACUUUCUGGUUACCCUUCUUAUGGAGUGAGUACCACCACCACCACCACCUUCUGGUUACUCCAUAUAUGGUGCCCCUCCAGCACUCCUGCUGCAAGUGUUCAGUGUUGUACCCCUCAUGCUCCUUACACUUUUGGUUAUGGUUAUGGACCUCCAAAUCCUUAUUAUGCGCCUCCUAAUCCCUACACCUACGUGCCUUAUGGGAAAGGUCAAGGCCCUGCUUCCAUGAUCCUGCCAUUUCUAGCCCCCCUCAUCAUGCUUUUUUCUUCUUUCAUAUUUCUCGUCUGA